GGGGUCUGCCGGUGCCCCCGCCCUCUGUCGACCCCCCCACACCCGCUGCUACCACGGCCGCCCCCCCCAGCCGCCUUGUUGCCAUGCCAACAGAGACACUGGCUCCAGCCCUACCAGAUAGCAAGGCCCCUGGCCCUGCAGCGCCCUUCAGUUCAACCGUACCCCUCCGCAUCCUCAACAAGGGCCCCGACUACUUCAGGAGACAGGUGGAGCCUAACCCAAAGCGUCUCAGUGCAGUUGAGAGGCUAGAAGCUGACAAGGCCAAGUAUGUCAAGAGCCAGGAAGUCAUCAAUGCCAAGCAAGAGCCAAUCAAACCACCUAUCCUGGCUAAGCCCCCUGUCUGCCCUGCCCUCCUUACCAAGAGGGGCUCAGGCAUUGGUGGAGGGGGAGGAAAUGGAGGCGGGGCAUUGUUCAAAGCAUCCAAUAACAAUGCCAAGUCAGACACAUGCGCCACUUUAGGCAGCAGCAAACGGGAGAAUUUAAACCUGGAGAUUCUAAAAAACCUCUUGAACUCCUCCUCUUCUUCAGGUGCAGGAUCUGAAGGACUGGGGGGAGGGGCCAAGAGUGCUGUGCUGAUGAGGUCAUCAGGGGGAGGAGCCAAGAGAUGGAUGCCUUCAAGGGUGCCGUUAACGUACCGAUCCACCAUGACUCUCAACGAGCAGCCGCCAGACUCCGCCCCCAGCCCAAGCACCUCCCACUCCCUCAGGUCAUUCUCCCAUUCAUUGAAAGUACCUCCAGUCAACAGUGGGGGGCGCCGCAGCCCGCAGCAGGGUGGAAACCUCAAUCUCAGCAGGCGAGUCCUGGAUGAGAGGGCAGGAGAAGAAGGUCUUGAGCGCUCCCACUCCCCACUCCCACCACUCCUCACCUCCCACUCCUCCUCUGACCUCCUGCGGCUAUGCAAUGGCAAGCCUCUCCGCACUGCCCGCUCGAGCAGUUCAUCUGCGCCCCCCCUCCCCCCGAAACCGAACCCAGCUUCCCUCCCUCCCCCUCCCCUCUCCCUCUCCCUGCCUCCACCCCGCCCUGCUCUCUCCCCAUCCCGCCGCCCCUCCUUACACCGAUCCAAAUCAGAUUUAUCGGACCGAUACGCGCGGGCUGGGGCUGAUGUGGAGCGGUUCUUCAACUACUGCGGGCUUGACCCAGAGGAGCUUGAAGCAGUCGGCCCUGAGAACUUUGCCCGGGCCAACUCCGACAUCGUCAGCCUGAACUUCCGCUCAGCUUCCAUGAUCUCCUCAGACUGCGACCACUCGCGGCGCUCCUCUAACGAUGGGUUGUCGGACGGGGAGGAGGGUGAAGAUGAGGAAGAGGAGGCCGGCGAGCGCGUCCCCUAUGGGAUCUCAGCCGUGGAGCGCAACGCAAGGGUCAUCAAGUGGCUUUACAGCAUCCGACAGGCGAGGGAGACGCAGAAGGUCUCUCACGUGUAG